CCACAGGGGGGAGCCGCUUAUCCACGAAGUGCAUGUUGCAAAUCCCCGAUGAGAUGCAAACAUUAUCUUGAGGCGGUGCCUUUCAAACAGGGCAGCCCUACGUCUCCUUUACGUUGGUUUUUCAUGAAGCAUAUUCGUUAAAACUAACGUCCGUGUCCUCCGCGAGCCCAACCCCCCCCCACUCCCCCCCACGGGACCCGUGUGCUCCGCGGGAUUGGUCCUCCACGCCGCCCGCUCUCGGUCCGCUACGUUCAGCGUCAGUCACGCGGCUCACGUCGCGCUAGCUGCCGAGGAGAUACCCGAAGUACAGCUGGGGAAGGACGGCACGAAACAAUUCUGCUUUGCACGUCCAAAUAACACCUUUUAGGCACCGAUUCCCCACCGAGGCCCCCGUCUGAUGGAGCAGGGGUUGCCGGUUUUUGUGAAGAGGCGCCAUGUUUCCUUGCCAUGUUACCCCCUGGCCCAGUGCUGAGCCGCCAGCCUCCUGUGGUCAUGCACCCCCAGCGCAGCCCUCACAACCCAUGCCCGAUCUGCUGUGCAGCUGUCCCGCCCCGCCUUCGGACGCCCACGCAGAGACGCCCUCCCCCGACCCCAUGGAGUCGCUCAUCGUGGUCACGGAGUACGAACCACCCGGAGAGGCUGGGCCGGAGGAGGUAGAAGAAAUGGACAGAUCUGAGACGCCCGAGCCAGCCUCCUCGGCGGUGGCAUCUUCCCGGACUCCCUCCUGCGACCUGCUGUCCCACACGUUUGGCCGGUCAGAGGCUCUGCGACCCGGGAGCCGCGAGCAGAGGGGAAGGUUAAACAUGUCGGACCGGAAACUCUCUCUGCAGGAGCGCUCGCAGACCGCAACGUCCCCCAGCAGCUCCCCGGGACUCAACGGGCGUCACAUUUACCCCUCGCUACCCUACUCUCCCAUCACGUCGCCCCACUCCUCACCGCGCUUGCCCCGCCGGCCCACCGUGGAGUCCCACAGUGUUUCCAUCACAGACCUGCAGGAUUGCGUGCAACUCAACCAGUACAAGCUGAAGGAUGAGAUUGGAAAGGGCUCCUAUGGUGUCGUCAAGCUGGCUUACAACGAGGACGACAAUACAUACUACGCAAUGAAGGUGUUGUCCAAGAAGAGGCUGAUGAGGCAGGCAGGCUUCCCACGGAGACCUCCCCCUCGCGGAGCUAAGGCAGACCCCGAGGGUCCGCCCCAGCUCAAAGGGCCCCUGGAGCGGGUGUACCAAGAGAUUGCCAUCCUGAAAAAGCUGGACCACCCUAACGUUGUAAAACUAGUGGAGGUUUUGGAUGACCCCAGUGAGGACCAUCUGUACAUGGUAUUUGAGCUGGUCAAGCAAGGAGCUGUGAUGGAGGUGCCGACAGAAAAACCUUUCAGCGAGGACCAGUCACGCUUUUACUUUCAAGAUCUGCUCCGGGGAAUCGAGUACUUACACUACCAGAGGAUCAUCCACAGAGACGUCAAACCGUCCAACCUGUUAGUGGGAGAAGACGGACACAUCAAGAUAGCAGACUUCGGAGUCAGUAACCAGUUUGAGGGGACUGACGCUCUCCUCACCAGCACGGUGGGGACGCCUGCGUUCCUCGCCCCCGAAGCGCUCUCUGAGACCAGAAAGAACUUCUCUGGGAAGGCGUUGGAUGUUUGGGCCAUGGGGGUGACGCUUUACUGCUUUGUCUUUGGAGUGUGUCCCUUCAUGGACGAGCGCAUCGUUACUCUUCAUCAGAAAAUCAAGACACAACCUGUGGAGUUACCUGAGCGUGCUGACAUCUCGGAUGAUCUCAAAGAUUUGUUGCUGAAAAUGCUGGACAAAAAUCCAGAGACCAGAAUAUCAAUCCCACAGAUUAAGCUGCACCCAUGGGUGACGAGGAACGGUGCUGAGCCCCUUCCUCCGGAGGAUGACAACUGUUGUUUGCUGAUUGAGGUGACCGAAGAGGAGGUGGAGAACUCUGUGAAACACAUCCCCAGUCUGGCUACCGUGAUCAUGGUGAGAACUAUGCUGAGGAAGCGCUCCUUCGGGAACCCCUUUGAUUUGGGCCGUAAAGAGGACCGCAACAGCUUGUGUGCUGCAGGGCAAACGCUCAGGAAAGGCAGAGCAGGCAAUGUGAGGUACUGCUACAUUCAUUGUAACCAAAGAAGGAAACAAGGGAGCGGCGAGGGCAUGAGGAGCCUGGACCUGCCCUACGUGGGAGAGGACGAGGCUCUCUCCUGAUGCAGAGGGCUCGUUGUGCACGCCGCUGUCCGCCUGCCUGCAUCCACACAGCACAACAGCCCUCGACCCGCCGAGUUCACGCUGGCAGCGAGUGACGCAGGAGAAAAAGAGAGAAAUUAAGAUCCGAAAGCGACAAUUUGAUUUAUUUUUCUCUUAUAAGGCUCAGUUUUGGGGGUUUGGGGGGGGGGGACUCGUGUCUGUCCCAACUUUCCAUUGACAGAACACUCGCGAACUUUCAGCGCUUGUUGCCCAACCCAAUCUGCUCUUAUCCUGCAUCGCAUGCUUCGUCUCAGGCUUCAGUUGUACAGUUUUGUGUGUUACCGUAGUUAACCACUCGUGUUCCUCCUUGUCUUUACUGGACAAUUCUUUCAGGUGCACAGGGCAUGAGAACAGGCCGUGGUUAUUAAUGGGGAGCGAUGGUUGUUUUCACCAUCACAUUCUCUUAAGUAGAGCAGGUUUUUUUUUACCGUGAUUGUCUGGGUCACUGCAUCAGGGCCCAGUUUUGUAACAUAUUUCAGAGUGAAGAAUCCGUAAGGUUUUCCCAAAAUGAAAAACUUCUUUGAAUGCAUGUUUACGUUUCCAAAGCAAAGACUAUAAGCUAUAUACAUACAUGUGCAUCCUCAUACACGUCCACAUUUUUCAAGUAUCACAAGCUCUGUGUGAAGCGUUCCAUCUGCUGCAAUCAAUAGACACCGUUAACCUCUGGUGAUGCUUUGUGAACAGUCAAAUCCAUCAUUACUGAAAGACAUCAGAUAGAAAGCUAAAUUAUUUUAGUCAAUCUUUUUUAGGUGUUUGCUUUUUACUUUUUUUAAUUCAUAGAGCUACAACUAACAUAGUAAUGACUGUACUGAUGCUUUACCGUAUGCAUAUGAGAAAAACAGAAUGUGUUGCAAAGUCCUUCCUCUCCAAUCACUCAGAGAACCAAGGUUCACACACAAGGAUAUUGAGGAACAAAAAGAUUCAACUGUGUCAUUUCUUUCUUCCUCCGAUUUCUUUGUGUCACCUCUCAAAGUGGAUGUUUGUAUGUAGACCAAAAAAUAAGGAUUUUUGAACCUCAAGUUCCAACUUGUGAACGUUGUGUUUUGUAUUGUAAUCAUUUAUGGUGUUAUUUUAAAAGCAAACAUUUUCAGAGCACCCAAAACGUGAAUGAUGUAAUAUUAUAUAGUUUAGUACACUAACUAAGAAAACAAACCUUUUAACUAUAUAUUCUUCAUUGAGCUAUUAGAGCUGUCUACCGAAGUAACUCUUCAGAUGGAAGCCUGGCGCCGCUGCAGACGUUUUGUACGAAUCUAUGCAUGACAUAUCUGUAGUGGUGUGAACUUAAAGAGGUGUCAUCUUUUCAUCACUGCAAAUAUUUCUAGUAUUUCUUUCAUGUAUUAAUGUGUUUCACUUUAGAUGAGCCCAAAGCAGUGCAUUUGCAUUAUCCAAUUUCUUUCCUUUUGUUGAUCUUAUGUUUUGAGUAUACAUAUAAAAGGCAUCUGAUGUGUCUCGAAUAUAUAGAUAUAUGUUUUAUAAGACCAGUACUAUGCACACGAUGUGUCUCUGUGCGGUGCACUGGUACGUACAGUACGGAAGAGGAGGGCACAUGUGGUUAAGUUAUUCUAAUUCUAAUUUAUUUUGUUUAAUAGAGGAACUACAGCUUUAAAAUUCCAUUAAAUAAUUGUUCUUACUUCAAAAUAAUAUAAGGCGAUGAUGAUAGCCAAUGAUCUUUUACUGGCCAAGAUUUAGUCAGAGAAUUCAUUGAAAAGAAAGAUCUAAAUUAGUGUCGACACAGUGAAAUGUUACAUAAUUAUCUUUGCACACAUUGAUGAGAGACUUUAUAUUUGGAAAUACUCUAAUUCCAUUUUGUCAUCUCAGAGAGGAAAACAAUUGUUUAUACCCGUUGGUGUGAAUAAUUUACCCUCUAGGACCAACAAGAAGGAACUGAAGGACUUUUUGGGUCUGACUGCAUGGUGACAAAAAAGCUGUAGAAUAAUUAUUUUACUCAAACAAUAUUUAAACUUGUGAUUUGUCUCUGCCCAUUCUUGUCAUAAGGGCCUGGCUAAGUUGUUAACCUUUAUUGUUCACAUGGGUUUGCAUUCAGCGGUGUAAACUUAUUUAAUGAAGGCGGUCUCUUUGCCCCUAGAUGCAUGCAAACAUUCUGAACGCAUACCACUCUGUUGUCAUAGCAUGAGAGGUCCUCGGCAAUAAAACGGGACCUUCGAAAAUAAUUAUUCUAUACCAUCAUCUUUCAAUAAAAUGUUAUUGCCUUUCUGUGAUGUUUUUGGUGUAGCUAUAGUUGAGCUUUGGGAUAACAGUUCCAGAAACACACCACCAGAGGGCGCUACGCCCCACAACAUAAUCCUGAGAGUCCUGACAGCAAAUGUUCCACAUCUGCUAUAUUCUUCUGACUGCUUCCUUAGACUAUGGAUUAAUUGGGGCCUUUUUAUAUUUAUUAGAUUUAGAUGUUCCGCUUUUAUUUAUAUGUGUAUAUAUAAGUAUACGUAAUUCUGAUGUCACUCAUUUUGUAAUUUAUGUUUGAUGUUUGAAUGCAAACUGAUAAGAAAAGGCAAGAAGAGUUUGACCAUAUUUUCAGGCAAAUAUGGAUUGUUUUCUCUCCCUCCGAAUAAAAUAUAAAAGAAAUAUUGUUGGAAUGAUGUUCCUCAGAAAUGCAUUAAAAUAGUUAAAUAGUA